AUGGGGGAUGCAGCACCAGCAGAGCAGCCUGAGCCCAGGGCUGCUCACUGCCAGCUCUUCGAUUCCAGCAUGAGGAGCGUGGCCAGGAGGCUCAGGACUUUCCAGCACUGGCCCCACACUGCCCCUGUGUCUGCCCGGGACCUGGUUGAGGCUGGAUUUUUCUAUGUGGGCCCCAGGGAUGAAGUGCAGUGUUUCUGCUGUGGUGGUGUCCUGAAGGACUGGAGACCUGGUGAUUGCCCCAUGACAGAGCAUCUGAAUUUCUUCCCUUCCUGUGAAUACCUUUGCGGUGAGGAUGUUGGGAACCAGGAGAGGCUGUCCCUGCAGGAGAUCUUUGACACUGUGGAUGGGCAGUUCCUGAGUGUCUUGCAGGGGAUAGUCAGUGAGCAGACAGCCCUGCCCAACGAGCCAGAGUACCCCGAGAUGGUGACGGAGGAGAUGAGAUUGUCUACGUUUGACAACUGGCCGCAAAAUUCCAACGUGCAUCCAGAUCAACUGGCUAGAGCAGGGUUCUUUUACACAGGACAAGGAGAUGUAGUGAGGUGUUUUUACUGUGAUGGAGGCGUGAGGAGCUGGUCCUUUGGAGAUGAUCCUUGGAGGGAACAUGCCAAAUGGUACCCAGAGUGUGAGUUUUUACUGCACUCAAAGGGGAGAGAAUUUGUUAACAGUGUUCAGGCGACCUUUUCUACCACCCUGCUGGCUCCAAGACAUUCCUGGGAUCAAACUGAGCAAGACUCCUUUCCUUCCCAAGAUCCUCUGAGGGAUUGGAAAUUGCUGGCUCAUCCUUCUGAGGAUCAGAGUCUCAUAGUGCAGAAUGUCCUGCAGAUGGGCUUUGACCCCACCUGGGUGGCAAACCUGGUAGAGAAUAAAUUUGUGCUGACUGGGACUUUCUACCGGUCUGAGUCGGAGCUGAUUUCAGAGCUGCUGCAGUCAGGCUGGGGGGCCAGCAGCAGUGCAGGAGGACACAGAGGUGCUGUUCCAAGGGAGACUGGAACAUUGAGACAAGAAACGCGAUCUGUGCGGCAAAAGGAAUCAGAUGAGUCUCAGCUGAGCACAGAAGAACAGCUCCGCCGCCUGCAAGAGGAGAGGAUGUGCAAAGUGUGCAUGGACAAAGAUGUGUCUGUUGUGUUUGUUCCCUGUGGCCACCUGGUAGCUUGUGGAGAAUGUGCCCUCAACUUGAGGCUGUGUCCCAUCUGCAGAGCUGUCAUCCAGGGGAGUGUGAGAGCUUUCAUGUCCUGA